AUGACCUCCUAUGACUCUUCCUCUUGCUCCUCAUGUCUACACUUCAUUCUCUUUUCUUCUCCAAUUUCACACUCCGAGGAGGCGCCGCCAACUACCACUCACACCGUCUCUGAUCUUUGGAAAACGGCUGGUCGAUGGGCUCCUUUCUAA